AUGGCGGCCGUUAAUGGUGAAAGUGUGCACGAGGAAUCUCAAGGAAAAUCAUCAAUCUGGACGUAUGAAAAAGAGCAGAAGUUAUUUGGAAAAGUGGAUGAAUACCUGGAGGAUUCUGAGGAAAGGAGAGGAUUUUACGUCAAGGAUAUCAAUUGGAGUGAUAUCGCGUUUGAUGGAUUCACUGCAGACGAGGUCCACAAACGCUGGAGAGUCUUAACGUUGAGAGUCAGAAAAAUGAGAAAUGCUAAAGAGAUUCUCGAGGAUGCGAAGCAAAGGGCGGCAGACAAACAAACCAGUGAGGGAUCUAGGAAAAGGAAAAUGGACGAUUCUUUCCCGAAGGCACCUUUAACUGCCUAUCUUUUGUUUAGCAAUGAAAAGCGACAACCGAUGGCAGAGAAAUAUCCAGAUCUGAACACCAGGGAGUUGCUGGCCAAAAUUGGCAAGAAGUGGAGGAAGCUCAGCGCCGAAAAGAAGAAAAAGUAUCAGGACAUUUACCUGGAGGAUAAAAAGAAAUAUGAGAGUGAAUUGACACAGUAUUUUCUCACAAACUUUCCAGAGGAAAAGGCUCCAAAGACCGCAUUUGAACUUUGGUCGGCUAAGAAGGAGAAGGAGCUGAAAGAAGAGCAUCCCAACAUAUCGGAUAAAAGGUUGCAAAAAAAGCUAAAAAAGAGAUGGGGCAGGCUAGAUGAUGAAGAGAAGGAAGAAUUGGAGAAGAAAUCUAAACAAGAAAUGGACAAAUUUCUUAGAAAAAUGAGAAAGAGAGUCAAGGUUUGAAAGGGAAUGUGGAAAGAUUUCUGUACAGCCCUGUAUUAUUCUAAAACAAAGCCAUAGUCUGAUUAACAAAUCAACAGUGGUUUAGCAUGGUCUGUACUCUUAUCAACAAUGAUAUUUGUCAUCAGGGUGGUCAAAAUGUUGUGGACUCUUGAGGUGCAGCCAAGUGAGUCUGCAACAAAUUUUGGCCAUCGUGAUGACAAGUAUCACUGUCGAGAAGAGUACAGAGGGCACUAAACCACUGUCAAUUUGUUUUUCACCUCAAUAAUAUUUUAUCAACCAAAAAAAAUUUUUUUUCCAGGAGACCAUGGCCUGACAAGUUGAUGUGAGUAGCAUUGUCUGUAUUCUUAUCAUUAACUGCAAUUAGGCCAAUCAGAUUGCUAAUUUACUCUUAAUUGUGGUAAAAAAGGUAAUAUAUUUCUUUUGCCUUAUUUUUUUUAUCCAAGAACUGUCUGCAUAAUGAAGUAUGGGGCUGUGCAGAAAUCUUGCUUUAAUUGCCAUUGUUUUUGCUCUCCUUAUAAAUGCCUGAAUUACUGAAUGCAGAAUUCUAUUGUAACAACUUAGUUGAUCAAUUUUAUCUUUGGAUACCUGGAAAAUUAGCUCUAAAAGAAAAAAAAAACUACUUUGAAACUAAACAAAACUAAGAAGAAUUGUCUUGAUGAUGUUGUUUUGUUUGUAUAAAACAAUCAGAUUAGAAUGUUGUGUUUUAGCAAUCAUGCAUUUGUAAGGAGGAUGGCAACACCUUUCUUAGAAACAACAGCUUGGGGGUCCAGUUUGUAACCACUGUUUAAACAUAGUACAUGAAUUUGUAAGCUUUUUUCCCCCCUUCAGAUUCUCAAUGGCCCUUCAUGGGUACUCUUUUAAGCCUUGGGAUCAUAUUUUUGGUUAGAAACUACAUAAAAAUAUAUUUACCUGCUCACUCCCGGGAGUGAUAAACAUUUUAAUUUCUUUCUAUAAUAAUAUCCAUAGAUUAUCCAGCAAACAGGUAGUGAGAAUACUCAAAAUUAUCAGGUAGAAGUUGUUAGAUUAAUCAAACACCAAAUUCUUUUUCACCCUAUGCAAUAAGAGAAGUACUGGGACCAAGUUUGACAUGAAAACGAGGUCCUAAAGGCCUGGCCUUACUGUCUUAUCUAAUGAACUAUUUAUCACCAACUUCACUAAGUUGCAAGUGGGGAGAAGAAUUAAGGAUCAGGUCUUGGGAGUUUACAACCUCGUUCCUGGUUUCUCUCAUCUUCUACCCCCCCUUUCCUCACUCGCUCCAGGGGGGCGGGAAGAUGAGAUACCCCCUGGGAAUGAGGUUGGGGAGUUUAACCCUUUAAUUCCCAGAUGUGAUUAA